GCGAAUGGCUCAUUAAAUCAGUUAUCAUUUAUUUGGUGGUUUCCUUACCACUCGGAUAACCGUGGUAAUUCAAGAGCUAAUACGUGCAGCAUAUCCCGACUUCUGGAAGGGAUGUAUUUAUUGGAUAAAAGGCCGAUCCGGGCUUGCCCGUUGUUGCGGCGAAUCAUGGUGACUUGUCGAAUCGCAUGGCCUUUGAGCUGGCGAUGUUCCAUUCAAAUUUCUGCCCUAUCAACUUUCGAUGGUAGGAUAGAGGCCUACCAUGGUGGUAACGGGUGACGGAGAAUUAGGGUUCGAUUCCGGAGAGGGAGCCUGAGAGAUGGCUACCACAUCCAAGGAAGGCAGCAGGCGCAUAAAUUACCCAAUCCUGAACUAGGGAGGUAGUGACAAUAAAUAACAAUACUGGGCUCUUUCGAGUCCGGUCCAGACAUAGCAAGGAUUGACAGAUUGAGAGCUCUUUCUUGAUUCUAUGGGUGGUGGUGCAUGGCCGUUCUUAGUUGGUGGAGUGAUUUGUCUGGUUAAUUCCGUUAACGAACGAGACCUCAGCCUGCUAAAUAGCUACGCGGGGACCUUUCCUCGUGGCCAGCUUCUUAGAGGGACUGUUGGACGACUAGCCAACGGAAGUAAGAGGCAAUAAGAGCGAUAAUGACGUGCAAAUCGUUCCUUGGACUUGGCUAUAGGGGCGAAAGACUAAUCGAACCGUCUAGUAGCUGGUUCCCUCCGAAGUUUCCCUCAGGAUAGCUGGAGCUGUUGAACAGUUUUAUCGGGUAAAGCGAAUGAUUAGAGGCCUCGGGGGUGAAACACCCUCGACCUAUUCUCAAACUUUAAACAGGUAAGAUUUCGGGGUUGCUUAAGCGAACCCCGAUGAUCAAUGAAAGCUCCAAGUGGGCCAUUUUUGGUAAGCAGAACUGGCGAUGCGGGAUGAACCGAAAGUCGAGCUACGGUGCCAAACUGCGCGCUAACCCAGACACCACAAAGGGUGUUGAUUGAUACAGAUUGCAAGACGGUGGUCAUGGAAGUCGAAAUCCGCUAAGGAGUGUGUAACAACUCACCUGCCGAAUCAAUCUGCCCCGAAAAUGGAUGGCGCUGAAACGCGUGACCUAUGCUCGGCCGUCGCGGCGAUUCUGACGCCGCGACGAGUAGGAGGGCGCUUCGCCUGCUGCGAAGCCUGGAGCAUGAGCCUAGGUGAAGCGGGUCCCGGUGCAGAUCUUGGUGGUAGUAGCAAAUAUUCAAAUGAGAACUUUGAAGACCGAAGUGGAGAAGGGUUCCAUGUGAACAGCGCUUGGACAUGGUUUGCGAGGGACGGGCGAGUCGUGCUUUGGUGGUCGAGAGAACAUUUCUGCGGCGCCGUUCGGGUCCAUGGUCGUCUCUCUCGGAGGGCUUAUUUCACGACAGCUCGGUCGUCGUUGGUGGCGGUCGCGGCUGUCGGGGCUUUCCUAUGCCGUGUAGCCGGGUUGUGGAUCGUUGCGUGCGGCAGCGAGAUUGCUUACCUUCCAACAGCGUUGUCAGACCAUGUAAAGGUCGCAACCAACUUUCAGGUGGGGUUCAUUAUGGUGGGUCAUCCACAACCGUCCCUUCCCGCAUGGGUCUUUCAGGACGAAGAGUAUAAACCUCUGAUUCAACAACAUUGGGAUAAUUGGCUGCCGCGACGCCCCCAAGGAAUGGAUGAGUUGGGAUGGGUGGCGCAGGGCAAUGCUCUGAUGCRCAGGUGUCUGCAUGAUAGGCUGGCCGGUAGCUACCGUGCCCACUUGGCCACAGGACAGGAGUACGCCGACCGCCUCAGUGCGCUUAAUUGUGGCCCCAAGGACGAGCAAACGAAAGAGGAAUGGUGGCUGGAACGAGUGGAGGCCGUGCGGGAGUGGCAAGAGUGGGAGACGGUGGAAACCGCCCGCUGGGGGCGCAGAUCAAAGGUGGGAUGGACUGUGGUGGGUGAGAAGAUGUCUCGACGAAUUUUCAGAGAGCUGGGAAAGAAGCAGGGGAUUGCCCUCAUGACGGCAAUGGACCCCCCUUUUGACCGGCGGCAGGCGAGGCAAGAGACUACGUUGGGGAUCUUGGACUGUGUAACAGACUUCUGUGCAGAUCUGUUUACGGAGGAGGAGGGAUGGACUGUGGAGCAGAUGGCGACGGCCCCGCAGGAGCACAUUUGGAGGCACGUCCCGCCUGGCCUCACUAAGGAGCAGGCGCAGCCUUUGGAGAUGGACAUCACGAAAGAAGAGGUCCUUAGGGCGAUUGGAGAGCUACCAAGACUCAAGGCGCCGGGGGUGGAUGGAGUCCCUAUUGAAAUGUAUAAGGCACAGAAUCAUUUCUUUGGUCCACUCCUCACGCGGGCCUUCAAUGAGGCCUUGCACGCGGGACAUCUCCCGGAAGGCUUUGCAGAUGCCUUUGUGGUGCUGAUCUAUAAGAAGGGAGCCAGGGUGAAUUGGCGGAAGUCGCAGGCCAUCCUCCCACAGGGCUAUAUUGCCCCAGAAGGCUGGGAUGUGCCCACCUUUGCGGAUGGUGAAAACCUGUGUUUUUUGGGGACCCUGAUUCAUCCGGUGGGAGGGGGUGCUCAGCAGAUGGAAGGAUUGGCGGCGACAACAAUUCUGCGGCUGGGGCGAUGGGCGAAGAGGACGCAUCGGGGAGUUUUUGGCAAGGCCCUCGUCCUUAAAAAUUCGGUGCUGUCCACGAUGUGGUAUGCUGGGGCCAUCCACAUGCCGAAGAGGCGGGUUUUCCGGCAGUUGCGGGCAGCGGUGCAUAGAUACCUGUGGGCGGGAGAUGUGGAAGCGAAGUCGGUAAUCCCCAGGGUGGCUUGGUCGAAGCUCACCCAGCCCAGGAGUCAAGGGGGGCUGGGGAUCUUGGACCCAGAACUGCAGAUGACGGCGCUUCAGCUGCGCAACCUGCUGUGGUUUUUGUUGGAGACGACGGGCACAGUGUGGGAGAGCCUUACCACUCAGCAUUUGGCCCUGGCGCUUGGCAUGACAGAGCAAAUGGUCUUAGUGGCGCUGGCCAGCCCAGGCCUCGUUAGCCAAGUCAAGAGGAACCAGAUUUGGUCCGCUGCGCUAACGUUGUGGAAAAAGCUCCAAUUACAGCAGGAGUUACCGGUCACCGCUGACGAUGUCUAUAAUCAACUCCUCUUUGACACCCCCUGCAUAUGUGACGAUACGGGUGAUCCGUUCCCAUGGCAGGGGAAGCCUGGAGCUUUUGGGAAGCAUUGGGCGGAAUGUGGGGUUUUUAAGAUUGGGCACCUGUGGGACGAGGAAGAGAGGGACUGGAGGAAAGAGGCUGACAUGGCAGUGCGGCUCCCCCACAAGACCGAUAGCGAAGAAGUACCGCGAGGGAAGGAUGAAAAGAACUUUGAAAAGAGAGUUAAAGAGUGCUUGAAAUUGCCGAGCGAGAGGCGGAUGGAGGGGAAGUCGUGCGCUCCCGUCUGGGCAGGGGUGGACGGCGACUGUGUUGUCGCCCCCCUUGUUGGACGUGGGGUGCCUGCCAGCAUGGGCUGCUGGGACCGGCAUUGCGGACGGUGGUCAUGGAAGUCGAAAUCCGCUAAGGAGCUUGUAACAUCUCACCUGCUGAAUCAAUCAGCCCCGAAAAUGGAUGGCGCUCAAGCGCGCGACCUAUGCUCGGCCGUCGCGGCGAUUCUGACGCCGCGACGAGUAGGAGGGCGCGGGGCCUGCUGCGAAGYCUGGAGCGUGAGCCUAGGUGAAGCGGGUCCCGGUGCAGAUCUUGGUGGUAGCAGCAAAUAUUCAAAUGAGAACUUUGAAGACCGAAGUGGAGAAGRGUUCCAUGUGAACAGCGCUUGGACAUGGACUCAGCGACAGAAUUUGAUGCAGAAGCUUAGGAGAGCGUACUUGUCCUCUGUUCCGAUCGCGGACCCCGGCUUAUUGACUUUUGCGAUCGAAGGAGGAGUGGCAAUUACUCGACCUAUCCCGGAUGUUAGCUACUUACUCACAACUUAUACUCGCACUCACGCGAUUGUGGCACGACUUCCGGAAGUGGUGACCGGCUGGUCACGAAGCAUGAAGAAGGCGUGGCUGGUGGCAUGCGAGGACCUAUGGCUCAUGGGGAGGGGACCUUGGAGGGGAACGAUCGACGUCGAAGGCGCACUGACUCUUGUCUACACGGCGCCUACUACCGAAUUGAGAGAUUGGCUUCUUAACGAGCAACGACUUGAAACGAUCAAAGUAGGGGGAGAGAUUCUGGAGGUCCAUUUCAAGGCCUGGAAGUCGCCGGCGGAGAUAGAAUUUCAACGUGAAGAAGAACGGCGCCCAUGGCCUUGGGUCAAGAUCUUCGCGCCUCUGACUUACGUGGCACCGCUGGUGCGCCAAACAGUGGAGCACUUCUUUGGAGAGAUUGUAUGCUCUUCCGAACACUCAGACGACGACCGAGAAUACGAGAAGUUCAUAAUCAAAGGAUCGUUGAAAUCGAACGUCUCCAAGAUGGGAGUGGCUACUGGCCCCUCCACAGUUCACGAGCUUCGUUAUGUCACAAGUGAAACUCCUUUUUGCGAGAUAUGCUAUACUCACGGGCAUUUGGGGAAGGAGGGGCAAUGCCUAUCCAGAACCGAAACGGCGAGGGAGAUUCAGGAAAAGGAGAUGAGAAGAAGACUGGACCCCAUAUUAACCUCCAAUUUUGCCGAAGAACAGAGGAUGUGGAGGGAAGUGGAGCUCAAAUUUGAUAAGGAAAUCAUCCUGGAGGCAAGGACGGAGCAAACCCCGAAGACCCCAAGGCCGACACAGGGCUCACAAAUGGGAGGGCGUGACAAGGAAGGCAAGAGGCGAGAAUCCUCACAAAGAAACUCCAAGAAGAAUCGACCGAUGGCUUCGCCGCCGUAUGACCUCGAAGUCGCCAGCCAGCAGCCGAUGAAGGAACACGAGAACAACGACGAAGGACAGGAGAAGAAUGUGGACCGAGACCCCCCUGUACUGGCUGUGGCCAGCCGCCAAGAGGACAAACACCAACUUGAACUGCUUCCAGUCACGGACACGCCUCAAGUACCGGAUACUCAGAAGACUGUCACCAAGGGUGAUAUGCAAGUGGGGAUGGAACACGUGGGGAGGGAACAAAUGGCGGAACCAGCGGGGAAGGAACAAUUAACGGUGGAGCCCGAUGCUGAUGGAAAGGCCAAAGGGGAAGGGAAAAGGAGAGAGAGUGUGGUUACGGAGGGGAGCGACCAAGGUCCGGAGGGUGAGCAAUCGAGAGUAGUGGAGCACGAAGAUGUGGGCGAUGUUGAAGCGCAAAUGCAACGGGAAGCUAUGCCUCCCCCUCUAUCCCCUCCUCCCCGGCAGCAGGGGACAAUCGAGGAGGAAGUAGGGAAACCAGACGAGGAGGUGGCACAGUCAAGGGAGGACAAAAAGACAGGACAAGGCGAACCUGCACCACCCUGUAGCCAACCAAAGGAGGUCAUUGAAGUGAGCGAAGACACGCAUAUGAAUCAGGCCCUGGAUCGUCAGCAGGAGCUUGGUAGUUACAGGAGGAAGAAGAAGCAAUUAGCCUCUCGGCCAUCAUCAACUUCGGACACUGUGCUGGAGGACGGGCCGUCAGGCGGUACUUUCAGAAGGGCUGUGUUUAGGGAACGUGAACGAUCCCCUCCCCCGACCCGACCUCCGCCAGUGGUACGCCCCUGCAGGCGCCGUCUUGUGUCACCGGAGAGAAGAGAGAUGGACCGCCUAUCACGUCGGAUGGGACAGGGAGAUCCCUGCCCGUACAACCUGAGCUCGGGACCGGGGGACUCCUCCAGACCGGACGACGGGGGGGAUGGGGGAGCCAAUGUGACCCCAGAACUGGAGAAGGAAGACGUGGACAUGGGUUACUUCGCUCUGGACUCGGAAGAAGAGGGGGAUUCUCCCCUCACGGCGGCAGAACGAGGCCCCCAUUUUACGACGGCGGUGCACGGCUCGCUCCAAGCAGUGAUGGCGGCGGGAGAAUGUUAUGUCUGUCCAAUCAUCCUUUGGUGGACGGACCCUGAGAUCCUGGUCCUUACAAGAGGCACUGACCGACUCUUCACGUUCAUCACCAAGGAACUCCCGCGCAACUCAAACAUCAGCCGACAAGUCAAUCGAUGGGUUGGGGAGCUGUGGCGAUGGUGGGCGAGCGAGAUGGCGGAUAAAACCCCCCUUGCCGUAACAGAAGAUGAUGUUGCAGCUAUCCUGCUGGGGGCAGUGGUGUCUGUGGCCCGGACGGAUAAGCCGCGAAUGUAUGCAGGAGAGGUGGUACGAGCAGCGAUAGUAUGGGCCAUCUGGACUGCAAGGAACGACAGGGUCAGAAGGGGAAAGCCGAGCUCGAUUGCACUGCUGAGACAACGAUCCCUGGAGGGGAUAAGGACGGCAAUCACUGCAGAAGCCUCAAGAAGUCGACGAUCGCCAACUGCGGGACUGCAGAAAUUUUGGAGGGUUUGGGGAGGGUACCCGGACCUGGUUCAGCAGGACGGGCACGACGGAGCUUGGAAGUUUGGCCCGCUCCUGAAAGUGCAUCCGCUCGAGUAGGUUUUUGAUAGGAGUAGUGUAUUAUAUGAUAGCUGUUUUCCUUUUCCUUUCGAUCUGUUUUCUUUUAGAAUGCUUUUUGAGC